ACACGGAUAUCAAGGGUAAUGCAAUCAUCACAUUUUGAUAUUUGUAGUUUGAGAACCACACAUACUUUAGUUGAGUUUCAUCCACUUUGUCACAAAAGUUCAAAUUAUCAUCACAAACUUUUUCCCCACAUUCAUUCCACUUCCUUCUCUGCCUUUCGGAAUAUUGUAACAUGUCUUCACUAGCAACAGCAGAGAUAUGUGACACAAACAUAUCACAUCUAUCAAGUGGUGAUUUAAGGAUACUACAUCCAGUGUUCCAGAUAUAUGGCCAGUCACAAGCAUUCUCAGGGCCAAUAGUUACUGUAAAAGUGUUUGAAGACAAUGUUUUGGUCAGAGAGCUUCUUGAAACAAAGGGAGAAGGAAGAGUUUUGGUUGUUGAUGGAGGAGGGAGCAUGAGGUGUGCUUUGGUUGGAGGGAAUUUGGUGCAGUUGGCACAAAGUAUGGGUUGGUCAGGAAUUGUUGUGAAUGGUUGUGUUAGAGAUGUGGAUGAGAUUAGUUUGUGUCAAGUUGGUGUUAGGGCUUUGGGUUCUCAUCCACUUAGGUCUAAUAAGAAAGGUUUUGGUGAGAAACAUGUUGGUGUUUAUGUUGGAGGAAGUUUUAUUAGGGAUGGUGAAUGGCUUUAUGCAGAUAAUGAUGGUGUUAUUGUGUCCAAAUUUGAGUUGUCGAUAUGAAAUAUAGUACUAAUGUUUUUAUAAUUGGAUUUCAGCUUUUAGCCAUUGUUGAAUGUUUACAUUUAAAUAGUAUUUAGUAUUGACCGUAUUGUUGCUUCAUCAAAUUUAAUGUAAUGGAUUUGUUUGUGAAUUGUUUGGUGGAAAUCAUAUCUCCAUCAUCAUAGUCUUAUGUUGAAUUGUAAUAGUAGAAUCGUGUAAAAUAUUUUCAAAAAGGGGUGGAAGAUGUAAAAAAA